GUGAUUAACCCUCUCUCUUGUGGACCACUGUUCCUUAUAAGAAUAUACAAAUACAUAUAAAGAUUUUAGGCCAGAGGAUCCGGCGGAGACACAAAAUGAAGAAUUGGAAUCAUCUAUGUAUUCUUCUGCUAUUAACACUUGCUUCUAGAGGUUUUGCCAGGCCGAAACAUACAAAAAAAGGACAUGUAACGCACAAAGAAAGCAAAAAACAGGGAGGGCACCAUCGCCAUGGGAAUAUCAUACGAGGUAUGUCAGGAACAGAGAACUCAAGAAAAAAAUCUGACGAUUUCCAACAAGUUCCAGGACUGAUGGAUUCUGGGGGAAACAUGGGAGGAGGUGGAAUGAACUCCAUCGGCGGAGGUAUGGGAGGCAUGGGUGACCUCAGCAUGGGAUUUGGCGCUGGAGCCACGUCCAUCGGCGAGGGUGGUGGAGCUACUAUGGAAGGCUUGCCAACGAUGAUGGGUGGGCCUAUGCAGAUGCCAGGAGGUAUGGCUGGUGGUGGUGGUGCAAUGCCCAUGGCUGGUGGAAUGGAAGGAGGACCCAUGCAGAUGCCCAUGGGAGCAGCUGGAGGCCCAUCCGAAGGUGCUCUGAUGUCUAAACAAUUUAUCGAAGGAGGAGAAGGAGGCAUGGGAGGCGGUAUGCACUCCAUGCCGAACAUGGCAGGAAUGGGAGGAAUGGGUGGAAUGGGAGGAAUGGGUGGAAUGGGAGGAAUGGGAGGAAUGGGAGGAAUGACUUCCAUGGGAGGAAUGGCCGGUAUGAACGGGAUGGGCGGCAUGGGCGGUGGAAUCGCUGGAAUGAGCAUGGAAGGAGGAAUGCCCUCAAUGGAAAAUGCUGGUGGAGCAGGAGCCAUGUUUGCUGGGCCUCAAGAAAUGGGGGGCCAGAUGGGAGGCCAGAUAGGAGGGCCAAUGGGAGGUGCCCUUCAAGGGGCCCUUGGAGGUGGCAUGCCCGGAGCUGCACAGAAACGUGAAAAGAUGGGAAAAGUACACAAGUUGAGUAAAGCCAGCAACAGAAAGGGUACCAAAAAACAUCACAUUAAGCACUAAAUACCAACAACCCGCCCUGUAUGAUCGCUGAACAAGGAACUGUAUGAUUUUUUUUUUAAACGGGUAUCUCCACGAACAUACCCUAAAUUACUCGAGAUCUUGGAACACUGUUGGUCCUUACAAGAUACGUGCUUCCUAGCGGUAUAGUUAAAGUCAUUUUGGAGGAUUACCACGUGAAGAUCUUCAAGUAUUUUUAAAUUUGUUAGUCUUACGAUGGAGGUUUGAGACAGUUUUCUUGGAUAAUCGCCGCCAGCAAAUGUUUCAGAGUCCAAUACGAAUCAUGCUCGGAGGCAUAUCAUGCUAUGCUUAAGAGUGUGAGAUGAUAGAGAAAAAAAUUUUUGUUGCAAUUGUAUUGAAAGAAAUGUUUCAUUAAAAUCAUCCAUCAGUUGUUGUUAUAGAA